ACAGCGUUCACCGGAGGACGUCAGACGUAGCUCAAGUAGAAUACAUACGGCACACUGUUGGAGUCUUCUGUCAGCUAUCUGGUGCUGGUGCGAAGCAGAGUUUCCGUCGCUUGUAUUUAGUCCGUGGGCACAGCAGCAGGGCUCAGCACGGGCUCUUUGGACGACGGAAUACGGUGUAGAUCUGCCUCGGAGCGCGACUCCGGCCUUGAUCUACUACGUGCUCCACAGUCUCAACAUCGACGCAGUCAGCCCAGCCUUCCCGUCUCCCGAGGCCGGUUGAGAGAUAACGACCUUGCUAAAGCGGCAUGUCAGGUCGAACGGGUGGUUUGGCCGGGCGGCCAAAACUCUCUGAAGAGCAGCCUCGGGCGGGAAACGCAAUCCUUCCCGCAAUGAUGCAGAAGCUGAAAAUCGAGAACGAAGACUUGAGGAAGCGACUGGAAGAGUCGGAGGCACAGCUAAUAACGGCAGCCACGGUGGGGAAAAGGCUUCUGGAGGACCACGAGAAGCUUCGAAACCGACUGAAAGAGGUUGAAGGCAUUUCAGCAGGAGAAGAGUCAGACUCCUCCAGAAGAAGGACGUCGAUAGACAGGCUCCGGGAUAUAGAGCAGGAUGCCGACGCCCUGUCUGCCUCCUUCAAGGACUUUAUGGGGAAACUGUCCCCAUCCAAUAGUCCCGAGAUGCCGCGGCGCAAGAGGAGCUCCAUGGAAUCAAUAGAGAGGUCCCAUUCGCUUCUGCAGCGGCGAGCUCAAUCGCCGCGGCGGGUAUCGAAGAAAGGAUUCAAUAAGCCUCAAUCACCGCGCCGACUUGCUACCAAGCCCGCUGCCUUCAUCGACACUGAACUGGCCUCCGACAUCGACAAUCACUUGAUAUAUCAAGUCCGAGCACUGCGCCAUGAUCUGGGAAUCGCACAAGAACAGAACGUGGAGUUACACGAUAGGAUUGCGACAUUGGAGGCACAACUAGAAGGGGUGCAAAAUCAACAUCAGAAAGACUCUUACCUAAUUGCCAAGCAAGAGGAAAAGUUGUGGGACAUGGAGUUACAGAACCAGCAGUUCAAGGACCAGAUAGCAAAGAGUGAAGCAGAUGCUUCCCGGAUGCUAUAUAGUUAUCGACAGCUCGAUUUUGCAUACCGAGAUAAAGUCGAAGAACUGGAAGCACUGAGAAACGCCAAUGACGAGAAAGAAGGCUCCUUCGAUAAUGCAAAGGCCAAAUACGAAGGAGAGCUAACUCGCUCCCAGCACUUAAUUUCCACCCUAGAGAGUGAGAAGGCGGCUCUCGCGCGACGCUGUACGGAUAUCUACAGAGAACUGGAAAAGCAAUCGUACCCACGGUCAGAUUCCAGUAUCUUCGAAGCUGCGGGGAAUGCAACGCCUGAGCCACAAGUAGAAACGGAAGUUGCGUCUGAAACACCGACAUCAGAUCCAGACAGUCCAGAACGAUCGCCCUCGAAACCAAACUUCUUCAUGGAAUCCCUUUCGUCUUCUUUGGCGCACGCCCAUCAGCAGAUUAGCGAUUUGGAGACCACCAUAGCAGAAACUCUCAGAGAAAAGGAUGAACUCUUGAAACUGCUUGCUGAAGCACAGGAAGCUAUCGAGUGUGUGCAAGGAAGUGGAAGCGGCUCAGGGACGCCACUUGAUGCGACGCUGGAGGAAGUCAAAGGCAAACUGGCGGCGGUGAGACGCCUACGAAGAGGUUCUGGAGCGUCCUCCAUAAGAUCAUUCCGAAGCUCGCGGAUUAGAGCGGGUGAUCAAUGGGGAGCAUCUCCCAAAAUGGCGUCAACAGCCCGCAACCUGUUGAAGGAGUUUUCGGCAAUUGCGGACCAGGAGAGAGAUGCGGCGGACCAGGCUUCGAGUAGCGCUCUCGAGCCCUUGGCGAGUUCCACAUCUGACCUUGCGAUUAGCGACUUGACCACAUCGUCUGAAAGAGCUGACGACGACAUGCCCGAAGAAAGGCCAGAACCAGUCGCCCAGCCCCCGCUGAUAGACGACGUCUUCAGCAGCGCUACCGAUAUCACCGUGGCGGAAGUAUCUUCAAAGCAGAAGCAACAUUCCGCAUCAUCAGCGCCUAGCAAUCCGGAUCAAGGUCUUGAAUGGUCCGCCCCGGACAGGAUUGCCUAUGAAGACCGAUCCGCUGAAACCCCGAAGGAAAAUGCACUAGCAGCGGCUGCUGAAAUAGACCUCAUAAUCAGCGGUCAACAGACCGCAGAGUCGCAAAGUUCGUCGGCAACGGAUCUUUUACGCGGCGAAGACACCGUGCCGCCGGUAGCUGAUGCCGGACGAUCUUCUAUAGAGACGUCAGCCACUGUCCGUCGAGUACCUGCGCCGGCGGAAGUCGGCAGGCCUGCGCGCACCGUCAGAGAUACAUCCGGGAAACUGAUGGUCGUUUUCGAUGAAUGCCUGGAUCGUACCACCAGUUUUGUGCUCUGCAUGGACAGUGGUAUGCAGACUGUGCAAAACGCAGAGGAUCGCGAGCCCCUAGGAGAGUACACCUCUCCACAGUCUACUACGCUGAGGAUCACGCAACUUUCAAAGACAAGGGAUCGCCAAUCUGACGAGUCAAUGCCGAAUUUGAUAGAUCACGCCACUUCUGCCGACGGAGUGGUGUAUGUUGGCGAGCUCGUUCUGCCCGUCACCUCCCUCCCACGAGCCACAUCGCAACCGGCCAUGCCCAGUACUGGCAAAUCGCCCUUCGAGAAUCCAGCAGAGCCACACGCUCGUACAGCCUCCGUUCCAACAAAACUUGCAAUCCCAUCACCUAGCGGAAGUUACCUUCCAUCGGCGCAACGCGGCCUACUCAAUCGUUGGGGUACACCGCUUUACACGACCGGCGAGUCGCCAUUACCUUGGCCUCUACCUCCAUCGACGCGACCCCAAUUGGAUGAAAUGCAGAAUGAGUCCCCCCUGAGAAGGCCCCAAUUGCCUGAAGCAGAUUUGGAGAACAGAGAAGUAGGGGACGUCAACCCUGGAGUCGGAUCCGUAAACGAGGCUCUCCUGGAUCGUCUGGAGUUACCAAUGUCGGACCUGAACGUCCAUCUACCACUUGCACCGAGCAAUAUUGAUACAGAUGUGAACCUGCCAUUGAACCAAGUUGAGCUCGACGCACAUGACAGCGAUUCCGACUCGGAUGACGAAGAUGGAGUGUUCUCUAUACCAGAAUCUCAGGACACCCCUACCAACGAAUCCGUCACUCGCCUGCGUCGCUUCACCAGCAUGCUUCGCACGAAAGGGAGCAAUGCUACAACACCGACCCGCCGCCGGGCUGGUCAGCAUGACGAAGAAGCGUCGGAGGGAGACCGCAGCAUAGCAGACUUGUUGCGGGACCCGCGGCAACUUGCUAGCAUGGCAAGCUUUGGAAGCAGCGCGGUGUUCAGCGAAACAUCAGAGAUGAGUCGUGAUGAGAAGAAGGACAAAAGGGAUAAGGCUAUCCAUGGGUUGACGCAUACCAUGGUCGGAAGCUGGUUCCAGAAGUUCAACAGGCAUAACAAGAACCCCAAGCUUCGCUAUUUUUGGGUCAACCCCUAUUCUCGUGGGCUAAACUGGGCACCAAAGCCGCCUAGUCAAGGCAAAAAAAAGAUGCAGACCAAGACAGUCUUCAUCGUCUCUUUGAAAUGGAAGGAGCCUGACCAUCACUACAGGAACUAUCCUCCAGGCCCUGAACACGCCAUCUCGAUCGUUACACCGCAUAGAGAAGUCAAAAUCGUGCCAACGAAUUGGACGGACCACGAACUAUGGAUCCACGGCUUGUCCCUACUUCUGAAGCGCACACAUAGCUCGAAGCCUUUGUAUGAGCAAUUUGGCAUGAGGGAUGACGAAAAAGAACCAGUGGAGGAAGAAGAGGAAAUUAAAAUUUCCGGGCCCAUAAUGCGGGCGUCAACAUUUGGUCCAAGUGCACUUCGAUCAGCCGAUUACUCGCAAUCCACGCCCGUGCUUCCUUUCCUCCCUGAGAAAUCCGUGGGUAGCGACGACUUUCCGGUUGCGACGAACGACGCCGAAUCCAUGGCCGACCAGGAGAUGACAUUGGAAGACCUCGGGGGUGCGCCAUCGACGGCACCAGAGCCACUUGACAACACAACAACGCCGCGGCCCCACUCGAUUCCUAACCAGCCCCGGAUACCCACCACCACCAGCACAGCAGGCCCUACACCGGAACGGAAACUUCUUCGCAGAAAUUCGCUCUGGAAUUCAAUGUCGGAUCUCCCCCUCCCGCGCUCCCGCUUGCCCCGACCAGGGCCAAAGACGCCGACGGCCCAAAGUCGGAUCGAUGCAGCAACGCCGCCCACGAUCGAUGAGUCCUCAACAAGGACGCUGGACAAUCGAACGCCGCGACCUGCAGAGGUGAAACGGAUGCAAAGCUUUGGGGAUAUGCUCCUCCGUCGUCGGAGUUCGUUUGCAUUCAGUUUAGGCAGCAACAGCAAACAGCAACACCCACCCUUGCCAGCAGGAGCAGUGGGACGGGUUGCCGCUGCGACGACAGACGAUGCAUCCAGUAGCAGUUCUAUGAGCGCCGGGACACCCAAGAGCCGGAAGGCGAUGUAUCGCAAGAGCAUCAUUGGACUGACUAGAGAGCCUACUAUCGCCCCGGCAGCAGACCCACCAGAACUGCCCGCCACGCCGGUACGAGCCAAGACUGGCCCGGACACCUCAUCGCUGACUAUGGUAGUGGAAGGCACGCCAUUGAUGGAGACGCGGCGACCCAAAAAGAACAAGAGCGUCAUUACGCAUUUGAGAAACUUCAGCGGGAAUCUGAGUCGAUUGAGCUCGCAGAGUGGCGACAGUGGACGCAGCCAACCGCUCACUGAACCGGCCUCAGCAAAUGGCAGCAUGUCCAUUGACCCUGACAGUUUUGCGGCCGCCGAGAUCAAUUCCCGAUCCACCACCUCAUCAUCUAAACCACCUCGGCCUUGGAGCGAGGCAAUGGCGGACCCGCUGCACAACCUUUGAUCUGCGCGAGCUCUUUCGCAAAGCACUAUUGUAACGUUUUGUAUGUAGUUUUGAACCACAUCCCCUAAUACCGCACCGCUCAGUCUCAUCCGGGC